ACUGUUCAUAUCAUAAACACACACAUAACACACACAUUUACCCCAAGCACGUUCAGCAAAUUCGACUAAGGAAAAGAUUCAGACCCACGAGAAGUCCACAAGAGAGAAACAAAUAAUUCUCUCUCAAGCACGAAAUAGACUUGGAGCAAGUCUACGGUCUGGCCGAAUGCAACCUUAUUUUAUUAUGAUUCCGAGUUCCACAUUUUCGCUUGGCAAAGCGUGUCGGUCAUUUCGUUUCAUUGUGACAUGGACAUUUACCAUGUGCCGCUUGGCAGACUUAAAAGAUUUGCAGAAAUAACUCAGCUGACAACCAGCAAAAAACGAUUAACAAUGGAAAUUAAUCAUUUAGAAUAUCAGAGGAGGCAUUUGCUCUAGGUGCCGAUUUCUUGGAGGUCACAAAACGACUUGACGAAGUUCUCUGGCAAUUGUCUCACUCGAAGGGAAUUCGAAUGAACUUGUCAUUUUCUGAAGCAACGUUGCAGAUCGUAAGGCCUGAGAACGAGUGAAUGCAAAAGCACGAAGUAUUGAGAAAGUACCAGCUGCGCUAUUUAUACAACAUACUAGAAAGAGCUUUAUCAGUUUGAUCCUACAUAGCCGAUAUGUCAGAAGAAGAAUACCCAAUGGAAUUGCGAGUACUAAUGGCUAUUUUUUUAAUCCUGAUCAUAGUUGUUGGCUUGCUUGGCAAUAGCCUUAUAUGCUGGACACUGUAUCGGAAUAAAGAGCUGAGAAAGACGCUAAACAACUGGUUUAUUUUGAAUAUGGCUUUCGCUGAUAUCGGUGUUGUGAUAUUUGCUGUUUACUUUCCAUUGCGUACCUACAUAAACGGUUACUGGGAUUUCAGCUCCGCGGCAUGCCAGUUCAAUGGAUUCUUGAAUUCGCAAUUGAUGUUAGCCUCAAUCCUCACCCUCACAAUGAUAAGCUUGCAUCAGUAUUUCACCGUUGUCUCCAAGUGGCCGCAACCACGCUUGCGACGCGCGGCAGUUAUCAUGCUAGUAUACAUCUGGCUACAUUCGACGAUUCUAUCGAUACUACCACUAAGCGGUAUAACGAAGUACGAUCUCAAAAAUGGUCGCGGUCAAUGUGCAGUGAAGAUUCCGGAAACGGCUGGAGAAAAGCUGACAGCAAUGGGAUACAUUGUAACCGGGUUUUUCAUUCCCCUGGUUAUUAUGUCUUUUUCAUACUACCGAAUAAUGAAGAUUGUUUCAAUCCAUGCGAGAAGAGUGAGCCGUAUGUCCAACAGCGCUUCGAUUGACAGGAAGGCGAUGCAGAAACAAGUCGUCAUCACAAUGAUCAUCGUCCUGAUUCUUUUUCUACUGUGUUGGAGCCCGUUUCUGGUGAUGUCACUUCUUGGAGCAUUUGUCCCCGCAUUAUCAAAUCCUAUUUUGGCAAAUCUCGCCUUCCUGUUAGGAUUCGCAAAUUCUUGCUGCAACCCAAUAGUGCUUGGGUUCCGCAACAGAGCUUUUAAGAUGGAGUACAUGCAGGUGUACGAGAAGUUCAAAGACGUAUUGUGCCCUGGCAGAAUGCAAGAGAAACCAGUAUCACCAUCAGUCGUCGUAGUGACGUCAUCAGUGGACGUAUCAGACCUAAGCGUCGUGUACACGAAUACUGAUGUUGCCAACAGCAAAGUAGUUAUUAUGUAGAAGCUGAAAAACCAUAUGGUUCCAGCUUAUGUCUUAUUUACGUUCUAAAUUGCAGUUGGUGCCAGUGUGACCAGAUCUAGCAUUAUAUUAUGCUUUUAGCAUAUUUUUGACCAAAAAUCGUCAUUUAGCAUAAAAUCUGGCAUAAUCGGAAAUCUAGCACAAUUCUGGCAUAAUUUUUACAUUAUUAAAAUAAUGUUAUAAUUCUGUUAAUAAGUUUUGGGCCAACUGGGAAAAUGGUAGAUGUCAAGUAUCUGCAUGCAAACUUUUAACACCCAAUUAACAUGAGUGCACCAAUUUUGAACCAACAAAGUCCAUGAAAAAUAAAAUGAACCAGAACAUUUACACCAGAGUGCAGGAUAUCUUAGUUAAUUUUCCUAAAGACGAUCUUAAUUCAAAUAGCGAAGAUGAAUGCUAAGAAUUUUUAGCAAUUGACAUAGUAUGAACUAAUCAUGUUUUUGUUAAUUUGAAUUGAUUGUGCUGGUUUGUAAACUGUUCAACUUAAAUCCUCUAUUUGUUGAACGUUAUUCUGGGUUUUUUGCUAUUCUGCACAUGCGCUGGCCUCUCUUUCAAACGAGAGAGCCUCGAGAGAGAGAAUUUUGUAAAUCUGGCAUAGUUUUAUGACAAUUUCAGCAUAAUUGCGAAAUUGAGAUCUGGUCACACUGGUUGGCGCAAAUGAACUUUGCAUGCAAACACAAAAUCUCCACAGAGGUCUUGUGUUUGGCGCAAUGCAUAUAAUAUCUCUUUAUCAGAGAUUUCCUCGGCCAAAAGGCAUGAAAAUUUCUUAUCAGUUUGAUUGUCAAGAUAGAUCUUUAAGUGUGAGGGUGAAACCUGCAUUAACAAAUUCCUCAGUAGCAGAUACUUGCCAAUAAUUGACAACUCAGAAAAAAUGGACAAAUAAUAUGUCGAAGUGUAUCUCGUUCAUUGAUAACGGAUACAUACAAAUGCAAAAGUGAUGACGUCGUCAAACAAAUUUUUAGAAUUUCACCGCUUAAGCACAAAACAUCAUGAGGUAGUUUAGUAGUAUAGUAAUUUACCUUUGAAUUUGGCGUGAUAUGCUACAGACUGUCUGAGGCACUGUCAUAUGAUCGCGGGAACUAUUUCUAACAGACCAAUGUAAUUUAGCCUUGGUUCUAAAACUCAUGCACCUUGUCAAAAUAACUGAAAUCCAUUAAUAAUUAUCAUGUCAUUAACUGACCCUUUCUCAGUGAAUCUGUUACAGAUAAUGCACAUUUAGAGGUAUUUCACUGUCCUCGUUCUGAUUAUGCAAUCAAAAUUCUAAAAAUAGAAUGGAAUGACGUAAUCAUUAUGCCCUUCGAGUCGUCCUGGGACUAGCAAGCUUAAUUUGUUUUGCCCUUCAUCUUCUUCUGGACACAUUCUAUUUAAAACUAAUAGCAUUAAAAAGCCUCCAACGUCUAAAAACCUUUUUCAUUUUAAGGUAGACACCGUCUAAACGCCAUUGAAAAAUCUAAACACCUUUUACAUUUGAGGGUAGCUAGAGAAAAUCGGAGGACGGGUGAGAAUUUGCUAUUAGGACGGGUGAGAAUUUGCUAUUAGGACGGGUGAGAAUUUGCUAUUAGGACGGGUGAGAAUUUGCUAUUAGGACGGGUGAGAAUUUGCAGGGGGAUGGUGUAUGCUCGGAGUGUAAAACUAUUUUUUACUGAAAUUGGCUUCUUCGACGAGCUCAGAAAAGCUCCUCCUCCUAGUCCCGUGCAGAAAACGUAAAUGUUAUACUUUAAAGCACUAUACAGUAGCUUUCAUGGGCUGGUCCAGAGAGAUUUCAUGGGCUGGUCCAGAGAGAUUUCAUGGGCUGGUCCAGAGAGAUUUCAUGGGCUGGUCCAGAGAGAUUUCAUGGGCUGGUCCA